CACUUUAUCCACUUCUUUUUCAAGGGAGGAAAACAAUCUCCCUCACAAGCCUUUUCCAAGCAUCGGACAUGACGGGUGCCAAUUCUUAAUCCAUCAGGAGCUGCAAAUUUGUAGGCUCUUACUGUACCUCAUUUUACAAGAUCUUCAGUUCUUAACUUCUUCUGAAAGUCUACCCCCACGAGUCUCUCUAGUCUCGUAGGUGCGCCUUCAAUACGCGUGCGUGAUAGAGGAACAUCCACUCUUUGCAGUAGGAAAAUUACACGCCAUCACUCCUUCAUCAAUUUGUUGUGUUGCUAAGCAUCUGUUUUUAUGGAGCAAACGGGUCUGAUUAUCUCGCUUGGACCACGAACACUGGGCAAUCAGCAUUCUAUUUCCGGGUUGUUAUGGGUAAUCAUCUCUUGAUUCAGCCCUUUAUAUGGAGAGCAUGGCGUAUUCCUGGUGGAGUGUGUAUAAUUACACCGAUAACAGGUAUCGUUGUGGGUUCUGUUGCCAAAAUGGUAUCUGAUGAGUGGAACGCGUGAAAUCUCCAUGUGUUUGGGAUUUCUUGUUCUGUGUCCUCCUUCAUAUUCUCCCUGCACCGUUUGAAUUAUCUCAUUUUUUGCUUCUAACAACAUCUAAUCAAUUUCGCUUGUUUUCUGGAUUUUCGACCUGGUACUGACUGCCUUUGGCCUCAAUUUGUGGACACAGCCCAUUUUGCCGUAUAUCAAUUAACACUAUAAACGAAGGAGAGAAGGUGACUUGAGAAGAAUGAGGGUGCGACAUGUAUUGGCUUCCGGUAUUGCCAUCUCCUCUUCAUUGAGUGGGAUAGCAUCAGCGAUCACCUUGGAUAUCACAUCAGCGAGUGAGCAUUCACUGCCCAAACACAUCAACCAGAUACAGGAUCUAACAAUAAUCAGGCUCGAUAAAAGACGCCGCAAAAACUAUAGCGAAAGGAACAAUGAGUUACUAUACCGGAUACAAACCAGGAGACAACCCAGGAAAUCUUCCCGAUCCAUACUACUGGUGGGAGGCUGGCGCCAUGUUUGGAACGAUGGUGGAAUACUGGUAUUACACUGGCGACACGGAAUACAAUCCUAUCGUAAAACAGGCACUUAUCUCACAGAUAGGUGAUGAUAACGACUAUAUGCCAACAAAUCAAACAAAAACAUUAGGAAACGACGAUCAAGGAUUUUGGGGAAUGUCAGCUAUGACAGCAGCCGAGCUGAAAUUCGAAGAUCCGGAUCCGACAAAACCAGGCUGGUUAGCACUUGCUCAAGCAGUCUUUAAUGAUCUGGCGGGUAGAUGGGAUGAAACGAGUUGUGAUGGUGGGUUGAGAUGGCAGAUCUUUGCUUUCAACAAUGGAUUUACGUACAAGAAUUCGGUCGCGAACGGAUGUUUGUUCAAUUUGGCGGCAAGACUGGCUGUUUAUACGGGCAAUUCGAGUUACGCAGACUGGGCAGUAAAGACAUGGGAUUGGAUGGAGCAUGUGGGAUUGAUGAGUGAUAAAUAUGCUGUUUUCGACGGUUCAAGUGAUUUGGACGGUUGUAAAACCAUCGAUCACAGGCAGUGGUCUUACAACCAGGGGAUAUUCCUGUUUGGGGCAGCCAUGAUGUAUAACUUUGUGAGUUGAUCCGGUCCCCCGCCCCCAUUGUCUCUUGAGGGUAAUUACUGACUAUGAAUCGAAAGACAAGUGGCUCCGAUGUUUGGGAACCCCGAGUCCAGGGUCUCCUAAAUGGAACAUCAAUCUUUUUCAAAGAAGACAAAGUAAUGUUUGAAUCCGCCUGCGAAGACGUCACAACUGCGAAAGGAACCUGUAACACGGAUCAACAAACUUUCAAAGGCUUUCUCUCUCGAUGGAUGGCCGCGACCUCUAAAGUGGCCCCGUUCACCCAUGCACAAAUUCAAUCCUACCUUCAACCCUCCGCCAAAGCUGCAGCCCUUCAAUGCUCGGGUGGCUCGGAUGGCGUGACUUGUGGCGAACACUGGAGCGCAGGCGCUACUUGGGACGGUCUUUAUGGUGUUGGGCAGCAAAUGAGUGCGCUGAGUGUGGUGCAGAGUAUGUUGAUUGAUAACGCGCCGGACUUGGUGACGAAUGCCACUGGUGGUACGAGUGCGGGGAAUGCCGCCGCUGGGGCUGGUGGAGGAACUGACAGCUCGGGAGGGACUGUAAUCAUAAUCACGGGAAAGGACAAAGCUGGUGCGGGGAUUCUGACAGCACUUGUUCUUUCUUGCGUUAUUGCUAGUGUGGGGUUUAUGGUUACCGGAUCGUGAGUAUUGGUAAUGUUUCCUUGAGCGAGUUUUGCCCUCGUGCUUCUCCUAUCAUCUUGCAAGAUAAGAAGCUUGAGAUGCUUACAAGGGCCUCGUAUUUUGUAUAUGUACUGUACGUUUGGGAGCAUGAGGAUACCAUAUGAUAGCGGACGGAGUUUGGCGUUAUGAGUGUUUUUACGAAGUACAUAUAAAUCUUAAAUAACUAUUUUCUGAC